AUGGCACCAUCUACGGGCGAGAUGUCCAAACUGCUCGUCCCAAUUCCCCCUUCUCUUGAAGGCUUACAGUUCUGCAUGGCAACUCCCCAUCCUCGGCCCCUUGCUCUCCAGUGCGGCAGGCUUCUGCCUUCGAAGCGGCUUAAAAAGGGGAAACAAAUCCAGUUUAAACGUCUUGAGGCUUUUGUUCGAGAUUCAUGGCGCAAACACCGAGACGAUGUCCGGCUGAGGCGCAUGGAGCAGAGACCUGGGCAGACAGCUGCACCUCAGGAGCACAAACUAGCCUUUGUUGUACGGAUUGCAGACAUUAAGGGAGUGAGUAGGAGGGUAAAAAGAGUGAUUGAGUUGCUGCGGCUGAGAAGAAAUUUCACUGGAACAUUUGUUAAACUGACUCCAUUAUCGCUGAAGAUGCUGCGGAUUGUGGAACCUUACGUGGCGUGGGGACACCCUAACCUGAAAUCUGUACGAGAGCUCAUCCUGAAACGGGGCCAAGCCAAGAUUAAGAAAAAGAGGAUACCUCUGACAGACAAUAUGCUGAUAGAGGAACAUUUAGGGAGCUGUGGUAUUAUUUGUCUGGAAGACCUUAUUCAUGAAAUCUACUCAGCUGGGAAAUAUUUUAAAAAAGUCACAAACUUUCUAUGGCCAUUCCAUCUGUCAGUGGCUCGCCAUGCUUCACGUAACAAAGUGGGUUUCCUCAAAGAAAUGGGUAAACCUGGCUGCAGAGGCGAUGCAAUCAACCAGCUUAUACGUCAGCUGAACUAG